UGCAGCUGGGGGAGUCGCUGUACUGUUGCACUUUGGCAAGCGUAGCUGACGUCCUUUUUGAAAGCAUAGUUAACGCUAGCCAUUUCUUCGGCUAUUUUAACACGGAACGCUACAAAUGUCGGUUAAUUGACCGGGGUAGGAUGUAACCGGUGUCUGAUUCGUGCUAAUUAGAUGAGCUAGCAGGCUGCGUAGCUAACUCAGCUAGCUUGCUAGCAUAUUAGUUAUUGCCACAUGUUACAUUGAAGUUACCGUCUUCUUCGCCUCCACUCACAUAAAUAUAUCAAUAUGGCACACAGGAAAGAAGUGUUUCAAUCAAAAGUACUCCAGAAGCUUUACCCUGCAGCUCCUAAACUGGAGAAGGAACCCAGCCCACCAAGCAUUGUAAAUGCCCUUUCCAAAAAAACCUUUGUGAAAAGAAAAGCAUCUCAACGAGACACCACCAGCGGAGAUGCAGGCACACUGACUGCAGCCAAUCCAGGCAGGCGGAUAUACACGGUCCUUCCUCCUCCUGCAGACUACAAGACAGAUUCAGGGGAAUCCGUCACACUUUCUCAGUUAGAAAGCAUAAAUAGUGCAGAGCACCCAGCUGAAGAGAGCGUCCAUGAUAGCAAUGAAGAACGAGAUCAAGAUGAAGAUGACGAGGGGCAGAAAAGAAAAAGGAGGCGACGGAAAAGGAAACCAACGCCUCAUCAAGACUCUGUGAAAGAUGGAGCUGCUCCACUGAGUGAGUCCAGCACAGGUCAGACUCAGACACCUGUGGGUGAGGCAGGGGAGCGCAUUAGCAGGAACAAAAAGAGGAAGCUGAAAAAGAAGCGGCACAAAGAAAAGCUACUCUUGAUGGGUCUGAUGCCCCGAGCCGCUGCCCUGGAGUUCACAUACCGAAAAGAUGGGGAGGAGGAGGAGGAAGAGGAGGUUAACAAGAGGAGAGCUGCAGAAGUGUCAGACUUCCUCAGGACAACAAUGGAAAUCUAUUUGUCAGAUUCCUCGACGUGUAUGGACAAGCCACCCCUCCUGUCUGGGACAGUGGAUGACCUUCUGAGCAGCAUUGCCAGCGGAUGCAAGCCCACCUCUGUCCUGAAGCAGCUCCACAGUCUCAAGGCCUUUGUUCAGCAGAAACAGACAGACAAACUGGAAAAGGCACUGGAGGAACUCUGCAACACCUCGCCUAUGUCUGCAGAGGAAACCACUGCAGUCGUUUCACUGUUCCAAUACUGGAUCACAGACAUUUUUCCCAUGCAGGGAGACAAGAAGACAGGGCUUCCUACGAUGCACCCAUGAGAUAGUGAGUCACACUGAAACAGCGACUCUGCUGAAAGAUUAUUUCUACUCUGCUCCUGAGAAAUGUUGUGCUUUGUACAAUGUUGGACUUUUCAUGGUGCCGCAUAGAGUAUUUUUGUUAUUAAAGAUUUUUGUAUUUGA